UCAGAGAUCAUUUUCAUCAAAUUGUUCAAAACUCAAAGCAUCGAUUUGAUGCCAUUUGCGCUCCUGCUUGUCGUAGACAUUCCCCAAUCGGUCACCGUCGUCCCGAUCCACCAGUCUGAAUGGAAGAAGGUAAGAGGAAGUUGGCGAUGAAGAGAAAGAGAGAGAGCACAGGUGGUGGAAAAGACAGACUGAGUGAGUUGCCUGACUCUGUAUUGGUCCACAUAAUGGAAUUGAUGGAGACAAGAAAUGCAGUUCAGACUUGUGUACUCUCUCAGCGUUGGAAGAACCUUUGGAGACGUAUGACUCGUCUCUCUUUCAACCACCCUAGAACAUUUUCCAGAUAUCACAAUUUUGUGUCUCAUGUUCUUUCUGGACGAGACCAUUCUGUUUCCCUAAUUGAUCUUCUUUUUGUGGUCCUUCAUUCAACUUCGGCCACACUCUUGCAUGACGUCAUCAGUUAUGCUGUGUCGCACAAUGUGCAGCAGUUGACAAUCUAUAUAGAUACAUUGGAUUGCAUUAACGGUGCCACACCCUCCUUUCAGCUUUCCAAAACUCCUUUUGUCCCUCUCCUUUUUCCCUCUCCAUCUUUGACUUCUCUUAAGCUUUCCAGUGUGUUCAUUGGAUAUUCUUUGGAACUUCCAAAAUCUCUACUACUACCAUCUUUGAAAACCUUGCAUCUCACAAAUGUUCACUUUACUGCUAGUGACCACAACAACAACUUUGUUGAGCCCUUUUCUACUUGUCACAUGUUGAAUACUUUGGUCAUUCAAUAUUGCUUUAUGCACACUUCUGCACAAGUCCUCUCCAUAUCCAAUUCUAACCUUUCUUCUUUGACCCUUGACACCUUUCAAGAACACAUUGUGCUUUCUACUCCGAAUCUCACUUCUCUUACAAUCAGGGAUGGUUUCCAUUUUACUCUUCUCCAACUCUCCUCCACUUGUGAUCUUUCACUUCUUAAAGAGGCGGAUAUUGAGACCCGUGUUGAUAUACAUUAUUCAGUCAUCAUUACCUGGCUGCGACUUAUGACUAAUGUUAAGAUGCUCACAAUCUCUUCUGCUACCCUUAAGGCAAUACUAAAUGACCUAUCAGAUCCUGCUGCAGCGACUGUUCAACCUCCAUGCUUUGGUAGAUUGGAGUCAUUGAAAGUGAAAAUGCAUCCACAUGUAAACAUAUCUAAGGAAGAAGUAAGUAGGACAUUGGAGCACUUACUUGUGAACUCUCCUCCACCGACCAGAGUUUAUCUCAUAAAUGUAUCCCUAUCCCAUCAAGAACUAGUUAGGUAUGCUUGAAGGAAAUGAAACAUUGGGGAAGAUGAAGAGAAAGAUGGAAGAGUUACAGAGGACAAGGACAGGAUCAAUGAUAAGUAACUUUGUUGUGCUCCACAUAAUGAAAUUUAUGAACACCAAAAGUGCUGUUCAUACUUUUAUGUCUUGGCUAUAGAUGGAAAGAAUUUGGGAUAUAUUUCAUUAAACUCGUAGAAUUUGUAUCUUUUGUAUCUUGAUUUGAGGCAUAAAAUUUGGAUUGAACAAACUCCUGGAUUAGCUCAUGGGAUAUGUUGUUUCACAUAAAUGCCCAAUACAUAGUUGACAAUUGAUGCUAAUUUAAGUUUUGAAUGUGUGGAUUUAAGUUAUGCCUUUUCAUCUUUU